CGAACUAGUCCAUAAACCGCCUAGCGCACACCGUCUUUGCUAGCACCAGCCACAGCCUAAUGGCCCUCGCUCCCCCGUUUCUCUCCUCUUCUUUUUCUCGCCUCUGUGACUUUCAUCCCGCCCAAAGCUUCUCCUCGUCCAAAGUAUCCCUCAGGCAGACGGCAUACGAACCAAUCGUCACGCCGUAUUCGUAUCCGACUAUACUAUACGAGUGUUACUGCUUUUGAAUCUCAUGUUGAUCAUACAAGCUAUAACUACAGGCUUGGGAUCUUCCAGGUAGAGACAAUUCACGCAUAUAUUCUCAAACAUCUGUCUCCUGCCUUUUGUAUUGUGCAGAAGAAGAACUUUUUUCUCUUGCACGAGUGGCCCAAAAAUUAACAUCAAGAUUUCAUUCCCCGUCGUUGUGAUUGCCGACGUGAAGACUGCGACGACGAAUUACCGCACCCACUCACCUUCAGACUUGAACGAGGCUAUACUUAGCACUCAGCGACAACCAUAUCAUCAUGGGUAAACUCAGAUCCCAAGAUUCGUCUUCUCCUCCCUCGCGACCCGCCGAGCCAGCAAGCAGUACCUUUCCCCGAAUGGAUCCUCCACCGCCCUACGAAGCAUCGGCAUCCUCUCGCACGAGUUCGGCGCACAGUAACGACAGACUUCAAGACACCUCGAACCGCGAUGCUUCCCCUCCUUCCCAACCGACGCAACAAGAAGGAGCGCAGCCACAAGACCCCACGACGCAACAUAAUCGAGCCGCGUACCAACAAACAAAAGAAAAGCCGGCAGAAGGAUGCUUGACAUUCGGCAAUGGCGCAACAGGGUGUAUGAAUUAUGGCGAUCACUCAGAAGGUUGUAUGAAUUAUGGUGACUAUACGGAUGGAUGUUGCAACUAUAAAUCCCGCAAUGGAUGUAUGCUUUGGAAAGCUACGAAUGGAGGGUACGUGUCUCAGCACAGCUUCGGGCUUUUGGGGAUAAACACCAUUUGCACGGGGCAAAAAACACUGACUAUUUUCCCCCUGAAACAGAUGUUUGAAUUUCAGCACCGACAAGAGUGGCUGUUGUCAGUGCGGAUGAAGGAUGCCUUCUUGUGUUGUACUGAUGUGACGAUUCUAUCACGGACGAUGGUAAGCCUCGGCGCAAAAGGAGGUUGGUUGGCAUUGGACUUUCUACGAUGGUCGCACUACACGUGUGGCCAUGUUCUGUUCGGUCUACAUGAAUAUCUUGGGGGCUUACCUCUAGGAGGAAAGGGGUGAAAUAUACCAUUAUGACAGGAAAUUUUGUUCGUUUUCUUUUAGCAAAUGACAAUAUCAAUCCCAGCAUCCAGUUCACCCUCGGAUGUUUUGAUCGCC